AUGUAUAAAAUGUGCAGAACCAGAAGUAACUUUGAUCCAAAGUAUAGAUUUGAGAGAUGUGCAAAAGUGAAAGGAAUAUGUAAAACAUUUUGUGAUGAUGAUGAAUAUGAUUACGGAUACUGCAUUAAAUGGAGAAAUCAGUGCUGCAUAUAA